AUGGAUGAAACUCAUACAGAACAACAACAACAACAACAACAAUUACAAGAAAUUAUCAUAUCUAUCAAUUCUCAAUUAGAAAAAUUAUAUCAAAGAAAAUUAAUUAAUAAAGAUCAACUAACCAAAUUUAGUAUUCAUAAGAGAUUAAAGUUGAAAUUGCCAUAUCUUUAUUUCUUACCAGAAACAAAUGAAAGUGUACAUAUGUCAGUUCAACCAAGAUUUUCAUCUUAUCAAUAUUCUCCAAUACAACGAUUAGCACAAUAUCUUAAUCAACUUCUUCGAUCAUUAUUUUAUCCUAUUUCUCAAUCAACUAUAUUUUUGAAUAGUGAUGAUUUUAUGCAAAAACUUCAAUAUUAUUAUAAACAAUUAAAUCUUUUUCUACCAAAAACACAUUUAGCAACAUUUAAAAUUCAUGAUUUAUAUACAAUGAUAUCAUAUACAUCUCUUCUUAAUGCAUUAUAUACAUUCUUAGUUAAUCCACUUCUUAUUGGUCGACAUGAAAGAUUAUCGAGUGAAGCUAUUGUAGAAUUAAUUAGUCUAGUUCUAAAAAAUAAUUUUUUUACAUAUAAUGGAAAAACUUAUCGAUUUAUUAAAGGUGGUCCAUUAAAUUUACCAUUAACAGAAUUAUUAGGUAAUAUUUAUUUACAUGACUGGCAAGUAUCAUUAGUUAGAAAUGUUCGUAUCCGAGAAGCGUUGUAUGGUCGUUAUAAUGAUAUAGGUUUUCUAACAUGGAAUUCAUCUAUCGAAGAAUUACAAAAAAUAUUCGAUGAACUCCAACAAGAACUAGAUUCGAAUCUUCAAAUGACAACAUUUAUUGGUAGUGAUGUUCAUUUUUUCGAUGCAUUUAUUGAAAAUCAAAAUGGUUGUUUAUAUACAAAGAUUUAUCACGAUUCAAUAAGUCAACCAUUUUUAUUAUCCUACACAUAUAGUCAUCCACGAUUAUUUCAUCGACAAUGGUUUCGUGCUGCUCUCAUACGUGCUGGUCAAUAUUGUAGUUCAUUUGAAGAUUUCGAAGAAGAACGACUUUAUCUUGAAUUAACCUUUCUUGCUAAUGGAUAUUCAUUUGAUUUUGUCGAAUAUCAUUUGAGACAAUUCUUUUCACAUUUUAAUUCUAAGUCAAACAAACCAAUGAAUCUUAACCGAUUCACAUAUCUUUCAUUUCGUCAGGAAUUAUUUCGUUGGGUCGAUCAACUAAAACAUGAUAUGGAAGAAGAACAAGAAUUACGCAAGCAUCAUCGAUUAAUACAAUUAUACUAUUUAUUCGAUUGGGGUUCAAGAUGUCAAUUCAAUGAAAAAUUCCAUAAAUUUUGGUCUGACAUUCUCGAGCAAGAUCCACACUUUAAAGCGUAUGGAUUGAAAAUCAAACUUAAUACUAAACAUUGUUUUUCAUCAAAUACUCUUUUAGCUCUACCGAAUACGCAUAUAUGA